AUGGCGGAGGAUCGGCAAGUUGUCAACAACAGAGUUGAAACUCCUGAAAAUACCGACGACAAAGAUCUGCCGAUCUCCAGUAGUCUAGAGGACUUCGUAACGGAACAUUACGAAAAACAGAAGGAGGAUGGCAGAUUCAGUGACACAGAAGAAAUAGACGAAGAAAGGACAAAAAACUUCUUUGAUAAAGCAUUGGCUGCAAGUAGAAAAAUGAAUAAAGAAGUUGCCAAAUCAGAAGACAAACUCAGAAAAUUACACAAUGAGCUUGGUGAGGAUACUUUUGCUGCGUGGAGAAAAGAACAUGCUGCAGAAGUAGGUGUCAAGGUUCCUGACAAAGUUAUGGCUCACAUGGACCUGUAGAGUAACUUUACAUUCUCCUGGGUACAGACACAACUACCAGGGUAGUCCGAGAUAUUGUGUUUGUUUUGUACUAUACUUAAGAAACAAAUGCAAGUCAAACUGUCACAUUACUGGUAGUUAUCUUUGAGUUGAAAUCUCACUGAGCCAGCUUGCUUCAGUAUUGAGUUUGAAAGAACUGUGUUAGUAUGCAUAGGAUAGGGAAAAACAGAAAACAAAAGAACAAUCGCAGGACACAUGUGACAACUCCCAUAGAACUGUUCAAACUCUCAAGUGAGCAAUGUUAUCAAUAAUACUGGGGUACAUGCAGGUUCAGAAGUUCUCGUAUUAGCUCUAUUAUCAGUGUAUGUAUUUUAAAGAUCAUCAUUAUAUAAAAGUACAGUUUUUGCUUAAUAUGCACCUUUACUAGGAACAAAAAAAUCAAGCCCAUCAGUAGUAUUGCAAUAAAGCUCACUGUUGGCAAACAAAAUAGCAAUAUUGAUAGUUCAAAUGUAAAUAUUACCGGUAGUAUUGGUAAGCUCAUAUCAAAAUACUAGUAAAACAGUGAGCUACAUUGGAAUACUGCUGCUUUUUCAUUAACAGUAAUUAAGUAAAUACAACUUAUGUUUGGGUAUGAAUCUACCGGGUAUGUACAGCAACUUAAAAAUGAACAUAUCUGUAUUUAACUUUGAAUACCUGGAGAUAAAAUGGAUGUAUAAAGUUUUGUAUUUUUUUUAAGUGAGGAGACAUUUUGAGGACAACAUUUUUUUUUCAAAAUAUGAUUAUUAUAUAUUAUUAAUUUGUUUAUGAAGUAAAAAUAAAUGUGUGGUUUU